AAUAAAGAACAAAAUAUGAUGGAACAAAAUAAAAUGGAAUGAAGCGAAAUGAGAUCACGACAGAAUAUGACAGAACGGAACGAAACGGAAUGAAACGAUUUAGUAAUUCGAACCAAGAUGGUACUGGAAAGUACGAUGAUAUGUGUUGACAACAGCGAUUAUAUGAGAAAUGGAGAUUUUUUACCAACACGUCUACAAGCACAACAAGAUGCUGUUAAUUUAGUUUGUCAUUCAAAAACACGAUCGAAUCCUGAAAAUAAUGUUGGUUUGAUAACAUUAGCUAAUGUUGAAGUAUUAGCUACACUUACUAGUGAUGUGGGCAGAAUUUUAUCAAAACUUCAUCAAGUUCAACCAAAUGGUAACUUAAGUUUAAUUACAGGAAUACGAAUUGCACAUUUAGCAUUGAAACAUCGUCAAGGUAAAAAUCAUAAAAUGCGUAUUGUGGCUUUUAUUGGUAGUCCUAUAGAAAUUGAUGAGAAAGAACUUGUAAAAUUAGCAAAAAGAUUAAAAAAAGAGAAAGUUAAUGUAGAUGUGAUCAGUUUUGGUGAAGAAAGCAUUAAUAAUGAAGUGUUAACAGCCUUUAUUAAUGCUCUUAAUGGAAAAGAUGGAACAGGCAGUCAUUUAGUCACAGUUCCACCUGGACCACAUUUAUCUGAUGCAUUGAUUUCUUCUCCUAUUAUUCAAGGAGAAGAUGGAAUGGGUGGUACAGGUAUGGGAGGGUCUGCUUAUGAAUUUGGUGUUGAUCCAAAUGAAGACCCAGAAUUGGCAUUGGCAUUACGUGUUUCUAUGGAAGAGCAACGUCAGCGUCAAGAAGAUGAAGCACGUCGUGCACAAGCUAAUGAAGCGGCUACAAAUAAACCACCAGAAACAAUUAAAGAAGUGCAUAAUGAAGAAGCAAUGUUAAAGCGUGCACUUGCUAUGUCACUUGAGGGUGCAGAAACAUCAUCAUCAACAGCUGAUAAUACUGUUCCUGCUAAUAUAAAUGCACCUGAUUUUGCACGCAUGACCGAGGAAGAACAAAUUGCUUUUGCUAUGCAGAUGUCUAUGCAAGAUCAACAAGAACUUGAAUCUCUAAAAGAAGAAGCAAUGGAAGUUGAAGAAGAUUAUGCUGCUGUAAUGUCUGAUCCAGCAUUCUUGCAAUCUGUUUUGGAAAAUUUACCGGGUGUUGAUCCUCAUUCAGAAGCUGUUCGUCAAGCUGUUGGAUCUCUUCAACAAAACAAGGAUAAGGACAAAGAAAAAGAAAAAGAAAAGGACAAAGAUAAGGACAAAGAUAAGGACAAAGAUAAGGACAAAGAUAAAGACAAGGAAAAAAAAUAAAUUUGUGCUCAUUAAAUAUUCUUAUUUCAUAUUAAUCAAUGUUCUUUGAAUAUCUUAUACCAAAUAUAAGUUCGAAUUUUUCAGAACUUUA